AGCCUGCAAACAAUAGUGAACGCUAUAAAAAUCCGGCCCAUUAUUCUUAUCGGUCAUAGUCUUGGAGGGCUAAUUAUUAAGCAGGCCCUGAUAUCAUUGUCCGGAUCAGAAAAUAAAGAUGAUCAAAAACUCAUCCAAGCUGUAUAUGGGGUCGUCUUCUUCGGAACCCCACACCAUGGCAUGGAGAUUGGGUCACUUAUUCCCAUGGUGGGAGACGGGCCAAACCGUUUCUUAAUAGAGUCUCUCAACUACAGUAAUUCACAAAUACUUACCAUCCAACAUCGAGAUUUCCAUAAGGCCUUAGGCGGUAAGGGUGAUUCAGAAGUCUUCUGCUUUUAUGAAACCCUUCAGUCACCAACAGCGCAGCAAGAUAAAUUUGGCGCCUGGAAAAUGACUGGGCCUGAUGCGAUCCUUGUCACUAAGUCUUCAGCUAUACAUUGUCGUCCUUGGGAAGAUGGUGCUGAGAAUAUCUGUGCCCUUAAUCGUACGCACUCUGAAAUGGUUAAAUUUAAACCUAACGACUCUGAUUACAACAUUGUAAAAGAAAAAAUCAAGGGUCUUUCCAGACGGGCCCUCAUAGCGCGGGGUCUCGCUAACGAUAUUAACAACGAUAAAUGCAAUAAAUUUGGUCAUUCCGCUAACGGCCCUCGCUGUUACAAAUGCGGUGAAUUUGGACAUUUCGCCAACGACCUUCACUGUUACAAAUGCGGUGGGUAUGGACAUUAUGCUAACGAUGUUCAUUGCGAUAAAUGCGGUGGGAUUGGACAUUACGCCAACGACCCUCACUGCUAUAAAUGCCACGCAUAUGGACAUUUUGCGAAAGAGUGCUCAAUGCGGUAA